AUGCUUAUUUCUCAUGGUGCAAGUAUUACAAUUCCUUCUAGGUACUCUUUGACUCCUUUAAAUAAAACAGUGAAAAAUAAUUAUAAGGAAUUGGUCGAAUUACUUCAAAAGAAUCUUCCAAAGCCAAAUACAUAUAAAUUCUAUCAGACUCCUCUUCAAACAGCAAUUAAAAAGAAUGAUUUAGAAAUGGCAAAUUUUCUUAUUUCACUUGGCGCUGAUGUUAACGAAAUAUGUAGAUCUGAUGAUUCUACAGCUCUAAUAAAAGCUGUUGAAGGAGAUAAUAAAGAAAUUGUUGAAUAUCUUCUUUCACAAGGUGCUGAUGCUAAUAUAAAAAGUAAAUAUAAGACUACUCUUUCAGCUGCAGCAAGUAAAGAGAAUUUAGAAAUUAUUAAAAUUCUGGUUGAUCAUGGUGCUGACAUGAAUCAGAUAGGUCACGAAGCUCCUCUCCAUAUUGCUGCAAGAAUUGGCAAUGAUGUGUUAGUAGAUUUUUUAAUUUCACAUGGUGCAGAUGUUAAUGUAUUGGAUGAAAAUGGAGAAUUCUCCUCUUCAUGUAGCCAUCAUGAAUGA